UUAAAGCUAAUAUCCACAGAGCUGCUGCAGUUAAGAACACUUCACAUUUUGGGGCAGAAGGAUGGCCAGCAUCCAGUCGAUCAGACCUUCUUUGCGGAGGUGGAGAACACCAGUGAGCACUGCCAGACUCUGAGGCAACAGAUAGGUGCUGUUCGGGCUGUUCUGAUCAGUCUGAAGGAGCAGUGGGCUCAGUUGGAAACAGCACGGAAGGAUGCAGCACUGCACACAAUCAGCACCGCCUUUAAGAUGGAGUGCAGCAAGAUUCCUAACUUGUCACUACAGCAUAGCAAAGAACAAGUAGAUCAGCUUCAGGAGCUUAAAUAUGAGGUAGAAACAUCAGAGGAGAUUUGGACAAACUUGGCCAGUCUUUUUUCAGACCUGAAAGACAAAAUCCACCCUGGUGCUGCGGUACUUCUGUCUAAUGAAUUGGAUCAAAGAAAAGCACGGUGGACAGCUGUGGUACUUGAGGUCAAUCGGAGUUGCAGAGGGCUCAGUUGGAGCAGCGUCUCUGGCAGGAGUACAGGCUGCAAUAUGAAGGCUGCUCUCAGAAUUUGAACCAUUGCUGGGAGCAGUGUCAAGCUUUUCUGAGCCUUUUGAAAAAACAACAGUAUGACAUCAAGCAGCUUCACAGCAGGAUCAACAGCAUCACUGAACUGGAGGUACAACUGGAAGCAUUGCGAGGAAAUAUUGAAAACGUACUAGAGGCUUUCAAGCUCCUUGUGGUAAAGUUGGAGCCCCAGGCAGCCCCUAUGAUCCAAUCAGAGGCCAGGCUUCUCUCGCGUGAUCUUGUGCAUCUGAGCCAGGCACUAGUUAAUACCCGGGAACAGCUCCAGGAGGACCUGGAAGAUCAUGUCUCUUUCGCUACUGAUUUGGAAUCACUAAUGCAGUGUCUCAAAGGUUUUGAAAGUGUGCUGACCUCUCCUACUGCAAGCACUGAGCAGAUAAAGCUGGCUCUUUUUGAGAUGAGUGCACUGACCCCUGACCUCGGAGCUCUGAACGAGCGGAGUAUCAGAUUGCCACUAACUGCUACUGAGGCUCAGCAGAUGCAGAUCCUCAAUACAGACUGGGUGCAAGUCUUCACCAAGGCAAUGAACAGACACAGGGAAAUGUAUAGUGCACAGUUAUGUAAUCAGAGCUUCCAGGAGAAGUGGCAAGCUUGGAAAGCUCUACUGGAUAAAUUGGAAUCCAGACUUACGAAAGACAUUUCUGGAAAUGAUUCUUCUAUGAGAGAACAGCUUGCUGAACACCAGAAGCUGAAGAUGGAAGUGCUAAUUGGCCAGCAGCUUCUAGAUGCUGUGGUCGGUGAGGCGUUGAGGCUUUUGGAUCAUAAUCAGGUUGAAGACAGGAACGAUCUGAUUCUGAAGUUGACCCAGCUAAAGGAGCGAUGGCGGGGAACACUGUAUAGGGUUCAGCAGCGUAGCAGGUGCUUGGAGCAGCAGACUGAACAAUGGAGGUUGUAUAGGACAGGACUGAAAAGACUUUGGAGGCUUUUGAAAGACUUUGAACAUUUACUGUCACCUGCUGGAUUGGCAGCUUGCAGCUUUCAACAGCUUCAACAAUCUAUUCAGGACUAUGAGCAGGUUCAGGAGAAGCUGAGGGAUCAUGAGGAACUUUACACCCAGACUGUGCAGGUGUGCAGGCAGAUCUUACCCCUGGCUGAUAUACAAACACAGGCUGAGCUGAAGGUCGAAAUUGGGGAUUUGCAGGAAGCCUGGGAACAAAAUAAUAGUCUGGUUGAGAAGAAAAAGGCUCUCUCUGAAACUGUCAUUCAGAAUUGGAGUUGCUGUGAGGAUGGACUUGCUGAUAGUGCGCUGCAUCUGAGAGAGAUUUCUCUUAGACUAAAGCAGCCCCCCCCAGACAACAUAGAACUUCAGGAGAAGCUAAUAAAGCAGGCCUUAAUCCUGACUGCUAGUGACAGAGUGACAGAGAGAGAGAGGACUAGGCUUAGGCUGCAGCAGGAGCAGGGAUUCAGCUCAGUGUCAACUGCUGUGUUAAUGCAGGAGGACGAGAACGCUUUGGAGCUGUGGGCUGAAGGAUUGAGGAAGCUGGUCACCAUGAAGGCAGACAUCUCACAGUAUGUCCUGCCCACAGACAUUGUGCUUCUUCAGGGGCAGGUGGAGGAACUGCACAGCCAGUGGGAGGAACUUUGCCUGAAGGUGUCCAAACGCAAACAAGAGAUCGCUGACCACCUGAAUGCAUGGACCGUUUUCAACGACAAACACAAGGAGCUUUGCGAAUUGUUAGCCCAGAUGGAGAGAAAGGUUAUGCACAGCAGUGAUUACUUCAGCAUCGAGGAGAUGGUUGAGAAACUGAAAAAGGACUGCAUGGAGGAGAUUAACCUCUUCAGCAAGAAUAAGAGCCAUCUUAAGCGCCUGGGGGAGCAACUCCUUUUAGCUAAAGACCAAGCUAAAGAGGCCACCGUCCAUUCCAUGCUGCAAGAUGCCAAUGAUCGUUGGCAGCAUCUGUUUGACCACAUUGAGGCCAGACUGAACAAGCUCAAAGAGACUCUGGCUGCUGUGCAACAACUUGAUAAGAACAUGAGUAACUUGCGGAGCUGGCUGUCUCGCAUCGAAGCAGAGCUGACCAAGCCUGCACACUAUAGCAUUUGCGAUGGAGACGAGAUCCAGAAGAGACUGGAAGAGCAUCAGGAGCUGCAGCAGGACAUUGAACAGCACACAGAAAGCAUAACAUCUGUCCUCACUUUGUGUGACAUGCUGCUGCAUGAUGAGGAUGCUUGCAGCGACAACAGUGAACAUGAUUCCAUCCAACAAACCACUUCCAAUCUGGACCAACGCUGGAGAAACAUCUGCUCUAUGUCCUUAGAGAGGAAGAUCAGGAUCGAGGAGACCUGGAGGCUUUGGUGUAAGUUUCAGGAAGAUUAUCUGCAGUUUGAAGACUGGCUGAACAUAGCUGAGGCUGCUACCCCUGAACCAGAGUCAUCUGAUGCUCUCUACACCGUGGCUAAAGAUGAACUCAAGAAAUAUGAGGCUUUUCAAAGAGAGGUACAAGAAAAGCUGCCCCAACUUGAAAUGAUUAAUUGCCAAUACCGACGUCUGGCUCGGGAGAACCGUACGGACUCAGCUAACAAGCUACGGACCAUGGUGCACCAGGGCAACCAGCGCUGGGAUGCUCUGAAUAUGAGAGUGGCGGCCAUCCUGCGCAGGCUGAGGCACUUUACAACUCAGAGAGAGGAUUUUGAGGGAACACGAGAGAGUCUGCUGGUCUGGCUGACUGAAAUGGACUUGCAACUUACCAAUGUGGAACACUUCUCAGAGAGCAACAUCGAACACAAGCUGAAAAAGCUCAAAGGUCUCAAGAAGACGAUAACUCGGAACACAGACAAGAUUGAUGCUCUGAUUGUGUUUGGUGAGGGUCUGAUACAGAAGAGUGCCCCCCUGGAUGCUGUUCUUAUUGAGGAUGAGCUCGAAGAACUGCAUUCCUACUGCCAGCAAGUGUUCAGCCGAGUGGCCUACUUCCACCAGCGCCUCACUAGCCCUCAACCUAUGUUGGACAAAUCUGAUCUGAUCAUCAGCAAGAGCACUGCAGGGAUGGAAGAUUCUGAUGUAGCCAAACCAAGUAAUGACACAUCUACCAGCCAGACCUCCAUGUCCCUUCUGUUUCCCCCACCAGAGCGGUCAGGCUGUGAUACACCGCUUAGUGUCGACUCCAUCCCCCUAGAGUGGGACCACACUGGAGAUGUGGGUGGUUCCUCCUCACAUGAUGAGAAUGAUGAUGCAAGCUUGUUCAGCUGCAUUUCAGGUGUGGACGACACAGACAGCUCUAGGGCUUUUGUAAACUCCACAGUGCAGCCUCAAACAGCGAUAUCAGUCCCAGGACACGAUGUAAGAGAUCACAGCUGGCACUCACAGGCUGUUCCAGAUAAAAUCCCCUUUACCCUUCCUGAUACAAAAGAACAUGCACAUGAACUUCCUGAACAUGAAAGCACACCAUACAAGCAAGGCUAUGCUCAGCUGAUGUCUGAGUGCAGCAGCAGCAUUAAGAAUGUGAAGAAGGUCUCACUCAUCCUGGAUGAUGAUGAAUAUCAGGAGGGCCAAGGAGGCCUCACCAGCCUCACUGCUGCAGACAAACAGCCGAGAGUGAUUGAGCGCUGGGAGCUCCACCAGGCACAGGCAGUCAGAGAGGAGCAGUGCUACAGUCGAGACCGGGAACAGCUGAUGUCUGACCUGCACAACUUCACUUGCUGGCUGGGCCAGGUCAUGCCUGAGCUCGAGAAACUCCAGAAUGCAGAGACAGCAUGUGUUAGUGUGCAGAUCAUGGAGGAAAGGGUCAAACAGCUAAAGGACAUACAGAAAGCUUUCGCACGCUACAAGACACUCAUGCUGAGUCUGAAUCUAGGUGGGCAGGAGCUGCAGUUUCAAACAGGUCCGGAGGUCCAGCAACUACAGGAAGACUUUUGCAGCAUGAACCAAAACUGGACAGAUGCCUGCAUGAGUCUGGAGAAGUGGGAGGGCGAUUUGCGAAAGUCGUUCAUGCAUUGCCAGGAGUUCCAUGAGACGCUGCACUCGCUCUUGCUGUGGCUGGCACAUGCUGAGAGCAGGAGAUUCACCGUUAACAUCCAUGAUACAGCUGUACACCCGUCCCUGCUGCACGAACACAGAACUGCACUGAUGGGUCUGGAAGAGGAGCUAAAGGCCAGGCAGAGGCAGGUAUCUUCUCUGCAGGAGAUCACCACUGAGCUGCUCCCAGUGUCAGGGCCAGAGGACGACUUUGAGGCCACGGAGAAGCUUCACGUCAUCCAUAACAAAUUACGGCUGCUACUGCGUCAGGUCAAGCAGGACCUCCAAACUGUUCAAGAGCGCUUGGGUUCAUCCGAGGCACUGGAUGAGAAUAAAGGACAUGAUCUUGAAUCUUCAUCUAUGGAGUUAACAGCAAGCAAAUCAUUUAAUGCCACCAGGGUGCAGAAUAGGGAUUCAUCUCCACCACGGUCUUUCUUCUAUCGGGUCCUGCGAGCUGCCUUCCCACUUCACCUCCUUUUGCUCCUGCUGCUCAUUUUUGCCUGCUUGGUACCACUGUCUGAAGAAGACUACAGCUGUACUCUAUCUAACAACUUUGCCAGAUCGUUUUAUCCUAUGCUGCGUUACACCAAUGGGCCUCCUCCAACCUAAUGCAUCAUGCGUACACACAAAUACUGACCAACUGCUCUGUUUCCAAAACUGACUCAUACAAAUUCCAGAAGCACUCAUUGUGUGAGAGCAUAUUGCUACUGUCUAAACUGUUUUAAUAAGUCUAUUUAUAAAAUUGUUUUUAUUCUAUUUAUUCCCUAAGCCAUACUACUGAGAACUAUUCAAAAAUUAAUAGGUGCCUAUUGUUAUUCUUUAUUCUGGGUAGGUUGUCUACAGCACCCCAUAGAAUAGAAAAAUAGAAAAAUAGAAAAAUAGAAAUUUGAUUGAGAAGGGUCUAGAACAUUCUGACCAAAUCUGGACCGCCUCACAAAAGUAAAAAAAAAAAAAAAGAUAAAUAAAAAGAAUUUUCGUUUUUUUUUAUUAAUAUUCAGGGAAAUUAGUCCCCGAAAAUGAGCUUGAAAUUUGUCUCGGCAAAGACAAAUCAUGAGCUGAAUUUUCAAGACCUCGACCGUAGACAAACUUUGUGACCAUGUACUGCUCAAUGGUUACCAUGCUAAAAAUUCUUAUAUCUAAAUGCUAUUUUUGCUACCCCUCCAAUUUUGUCCAGUGUUUGCCAAAGAAAUGUGUAAAAUGCUAAAAACAGUUUAGUUGGUGUUUCUCAGCACCAAGAAAUUUGAUACCGACAUUAUUAUCAUACUAACAACUGAAAUAAAAACAAAAAACCUAGCUUCUGACAGCUGGCUUCUACUUCUCUGACAAAUGAUGUCCAAUCAACACAAAAUUUCAUAUCAUAGAUCAUUUGCUUAAAUAAAUCAUCAGUAACUGGACAAUGGUUAUAAAAGGGAUUUUAAAUACACCAGACAAUUUUCCUGCAAGCUGCCACACAGGAACUGAGGCUGCAUCUCAAAUUUUGUGUAUAAACAAAACUUGGUAGGCAUCUGCCCUGAAGCUAUGCAACAAAUGCCAUCGCCACCUACUGGUCAAAAUGUACAAUAACAUGCUAUGAAUUUUGCUGUUUGCAUUUGUUCAUUUAUCGUCGACCUUCAGAACCGUCUAUGGACAAAACCUAGACAUCAUGAGUGAAACAGUUCACUUCACUUAAAGUUAUGGCUCUGCUGUUUUUGAGUGCUUAGGCACCAGUCAUAGGGUGUCUGUGAAUGUGCAGUUUACCAAGGCUGGGUGUUUGGCCUUCAAUGCUUGCAGCUUUAUUUUUCACUUCUCUUUGGUAAUACAGUGUUUCCUGAUGUUAGAUGUGAGUUAAACCUGUAUGGGCAAGUGUGCGUGUGUGUAUGGAGUGUGUGGAGAUAAGAGUUUGAGCCUUGUCUCUGGGCCUUCAGAAAUUAAAAGGUAAGAUUAGAUUUUAUUUUGUUAGUGUGUCUGGGAUGUAAAAUAAAAGAGAAAUAAACCAAAA